AUGUCACYCAGAGUCACCUUGUCCUCCACGGAUUGCUACAUCGUGCACGAGAUCUACAAUGGCGAGAACGCCCAGGACCAGUUUGAGUACGAGCUGGAGCAGGCCCUGGAAGCGCAGUACAAGUACAUCGUGAUAGAGCCCACGCGCAUCGGCGACGAGACGGCCCGCUGGAUCACGGUGGGGAACUGCCUGCACAAGACGGCCGUGCUCGCGGGCACCACCUGCCUCUUCACCCCUCUGGCGCUUCCCGUCGACUAUUCCCACUACAUCUCGCUGCCCGCCGGCGUGCUCAGCAUGGCCUGCUGCACCCUCUACGGCAUCUCCUGGCAAUUCGAUCCGUGCUGCAAGUACCAAGUGGAGUAUGACGCCUAUAAACUUUCCCGCCUGCCCCUGCAUACGCUCACCUCGUCCACCCCGGUGGUGCUGGUGAGGAAGGACGACCUGCACAGAAAGAGACUGCACAACACGAUAGCACUCGCGGCCCUGGUGUACUGUGUAAAGAAGAUCUAUGAACUCUACGCCGUAUGACUUCAGCAGGCGAGAGAGGAACCCGCAAAGACGAGUGUAUUGAGACUCCCACAGUAACAUUUUGUUUUUCCUCUUUGAGAAGCGGUGGAGACUGGGAAGGAGUUGGUUUAAUAGAGCUGUUAUUUUUUAAAUGACACAUCACAGGUGCACCAAGGUUUUUUCAGUUCUUCGUUACACUUAAGAUGUGGAUGUGCGGUGAUGUGAGCGAGC